UUCAACAUAUAGGAAAAAAUCCCAAAUCAAGAUGAAUACGAUGAUUUCGUAAAUAAAUCAUCGGAAUCUGAAUAACUACAUGGAUCCGAGGUGUUCGUAAAGUUUCCUUCCUUCCAACCGUAGUUCUAGUAAGCGCAGUACGUGUGCUUGAUGGUUUUUCCGUAGCUGUGAAUCCGAAACUGUGGUGGCGCAACUGUGGUGGAUGGCACAAUAGUUGAAAAGUGUUGGCAAAUAUCGCUCGAUAUUUAGGGGCGCACUGCUGCUGUUGCUGCUACUGUACGUGCUGGUGCUAUUUUUGUUCGCUGCCGAAGCUAACGGGUCAGUUCGUUUUACCAAGAACCGACGACAAACGAACCGACCGAAUCCAAUACUAAAAAUCGUCCUUUCGGUUUGGUAUUAGGAGUGGUGUUCUGCCUGCUAGUAUGUCGGGUUCGUCGUCUACGAACAAGCCAGAACAACAGCAUCAAGAACGGGAAACUGAACUGCAACAGCAAUCACCACAACAACAACCGCUGGAUGAAACACUACAGGAACAGCAUUGCUCCCAGCAGCAACCAAAAUGGAUCUGCGAAUACUGUACGUACGAAAACUACCCGAUGUCCCUUAAAUGUAUCAUGUGUAAAGGUCCGAAGCCGCUUCUUAAGGAGGAUAUCUUUCGCUUAAGCCCAACUCAACAGCUUAGUGCGACGAAUCGAUCGAACCCUAAUCUAGCAAGUGGUGCUGUAAAAUCGACAACGAUCGCAGAGCUUGAUACUAAUCAACGAUGGCCAUGUACGGCAUGUACCUAUUUGAAUCUUCCCCACACCAGACGGUGUCUACAGUGCGAUACCGUACGCAAAGAGGAGCUGAUGCCAGUGCAGCAACAACUGCAGCAGAAAGCAUCUCCACCAAAAGUGAUCAGCGAGUACGAUAGCAUUAGCGAUCAGCUGAAUGCAAUGAACAUUUGCCGUAGUGCCAGCCCCGGUGACGAUGGAACAAGCGUGUGCACAAGCGGCACUGGAAGUGGUAAGCGUAAUCGCAACAAUUCUCCUGCAUCGGGUGCUUCGUACGGUUCGAGUUCACGUUUAGCAACGCCCGCACCAGACAGUGAACCGGUCGGGAAAGGCUGUGCGAGUGAUUCCAAACACUCACCCUCACCAGUGUCCUCUUCGCCCGUCAACACUAUGGGUCGGGCCGUGGCCAGCUCACCCAGCAAUACGGGCAAGUGGUUUUGUUCCGUUUGUACGUACGAAAAUUGGCCAAAAUCGCUCAAGUGUUCAAUGUGCUUACAUGCGCGUGAGUCGCCCAGCAGUAACGUGGGAAACAAAAGUAAUCAAGCAGCCGCUAAAGCGUCCCCGGAACACGACGAGAACAGUAUCAACGUGGCUAGCAACAUCAUGGUGAACAACAAGCGCAACCAACAGUUUGUAGGCCAUGCCGACUCGAUCAACAAUAUGGAUGCGUGUAAGCAGGAGCGCUAUCUGCAGCUACUGCGUCGACAACCGGACUGGGACUGGUUGAAUGCAUGCGUCGGUAUAGCGGAAAACAAUAUAGGGGCCGUGGAAGCCUAUCUGGAGUGUGGUGGCGAUCCAAGCCGGGCCCUUACAUCCGCAGAAGCGUUUCUUAUUAGCCGCAACAAUUGUGCAUUUGACGUUGGUCACACGCUGAUUCAUCUGGCCAUCAGGUUUCAUCGUGACGAGAUGUUGCCACUACUGUUGGCCCAAAUUUCCGGCUCCGGUCCCGGUAUUAAGCGAGUGCCGGCCUAUGUUGCACCGGAUCUUGCCAGCGACAUACGUCGCCACUUUGCGCAAUCGCUACGUAUACGCAAGGCGUCUUUCAACUGCCAGUUCGUGAAUGAACAUGCCACCUUUUCGCUGCCGGCCGAUAUCGAGGAGCUUCCGCUGGUGCUGCAGGAGCAGCUGUACGAGGAGUUGUUGGACAAGGAUGCGCAAAAACAGCUGGAGAUGCCACCGCCUGCACUGAACUGGUCGUUAGAAAUCACGGAACGGCUCGGUUCGCGGUUGAUGGUGCUGUGGAAUCGUAGCGCCGGUGACUGUUUGCUCGAUUCCGUCAUGCAGGCAACCUGGGGUGUAUUUGAUCGCGAUAAUACGCUCCGCCGGGCGUUGGCUGACAGCUUACACCAGUGCAGUCAUAUUUUUUAUCCACGUUGGAAAGAGAAUGAACUGUUUCAGGCGGCUUUGCUUCAGUACACCGUCGGUGAGAUGCAGCUGGAGAAGGACUGGAACACGCUACUAUCGCUAGCUAGUCAUCCGGGAUCGUCCCUAGAGCAGCUACACAUCUUUGCCCUGGCACACAUCAUGCGCCGACCGAUCAUUGUGUACGGCGUAAAGUACGUGAAAAGCUUUCGCGGUGAAGACAUUGGAUUGGCCCGGUUCGAAGGUGUUUAUCUGCCGCUGCUGUGGGAACAGAGCUUCUGCAUCACAUCCCCGAUUGCGCUUGGAUACACACGGGGUCACUUUAGCGCGCUUGUACCGACCGAUCCCUACUCACGAAUCGAUGCAACACGGGACGACCGGGAAGACAUUACCUUUUUGCCUCUGAUGGACUGUGAGAUGAAGCUACUGCCGAUUCAUUUUUUGACCAAAAAUGAGACUGGUCGCGAAGAAAUGCUACUCCGGCAAUGGUUAGAAGUGUGCGAAACCGAAGGAGGAUUGCUUGUCGCGCAGCAGAAGCUUCACAAACGUCCACUAUUAGUCGCUCAACUGCUUGAGGAAUGGCUUAACCACUAUCGUAGGAUAGCGAUCUCGAGGCUGUUUUAAAAUAUAGAUCGUUCUAAUCGUGCUAGUGUGUAGUACAGUAUUGCGGAACAUCCUGUACAUGUCCUGGGCUGGUGCAGACAGAUUAGGCAGGCUUUAAAAUUUAAAAACCGCUUCCGAGCUAAUCGUUCCCCUAGUCCUGUUACACGGGUCAUUACGGAAAUGCUUAAAAUUCGUGAUUUAUCUACUACGGUGAGUUCGGUAGCGUGGUUAGUUAGUAGCAUGUUUCCUUUCUCCGAGCACAGACACAGACACGUGCGUGCCAACUGAUGGCAUAAUUUCCUUCCCUGGUGCAUUGUACACCAUUGUUUUAACUGUUUUUGCAGUGGUGCCGUGAAUUUUGUUUCAUUUUGGAAUGGCACAAAUGGCAGUCUACAGUUGCUACAGUUUGCUGUAAAACGUGAAAAAUUAAUCUAAAGCUGUGAAAAAAAACAAAACUGCACUUGGAAGCCGUUCCUCUUACAACGGUUUAGGGCGGUUUAAGAUAUCAUUUUGCUAACAAGAAAGCAUUACGAUAUGGGUGCUACUACUCGAUUCGUAUCAAAAUCCGUAUCAAGAGAGUAUAUUUUUGUAUCCGUUUUUUCCGCACCCAAUAGUAUAUUCAUUCCUAUUGUGCGUCACAUGUAACAUGGCGGUUUUUAUUUUUAAAUAGAUAACCAAUGUUUAAUAUCCCUGUUAACAUGUUUAUUCCAACUAAAUAUCGCGUUAUUCCCUUCAUUACAUGCGUGUGGCAUUAUAAAAGAGGGACCGUUUUUUAAUCAUUCAUCGACAAGCAACUAUAUCUAUAUAUGCUUUUCAUGAACAGAUUUCUCUCCAAAUUCCUUACCAAUCAAGAAGCACGUACCCAGUUAGGCGCGAAUUGUGCCUUUUUUUAAAGUAAAGCAAAUUAAACGAAUUAAUAUCGCAAUCCCAUUAGAAACAAUGGUUUGCAGAGUGUUUAAAGAGAUGAAUUUAAAAAUCCCCGUUCUGCAUGAAAGUCAAUUUUCAAUCCAAUUUGAAUCAAAACUUCUGUUUUUUUUUUAAACAAAACUAUACGAAAUAGUUACGUGAUAGGUGUAGGUUGAGAAGAAAGUGGAUGCACUUAAUGAAAAUGGGUUUAACAUUGGCAAUGUUGAUGGAUAGAAUUACACCCAAAACAUACGUGCUAUGGUAAGCAAGCGUGAGAAAAGCAGCACCAUUAGUGGCAGCCUUGCCUGGUUUGGUAAGAAUUUUAGUGGGCAGGAGCAACAAUGGAUUACAGUUGAAUAAGAUACAGUUGGAAAACAAAAUGAAUUAAUUCAUGAAACUACCAUAGUAAUUUCCCGUACGUGUGUGUGCAUCUGUGUGUGUGUCAAACACAGUAUAAUAAUAAUAGUAGAUAAGCUAAUGCAGUACGCUCAGAGGCCGAACAAUAAUAUUAAUGAACUAUAUAUUCUAGCAGUCAUGCAUCAAAGGUGAAUAUGUAGAUGCGUCGAAGGCAUAGUUUCGCUUAGCAAGUUGAGUUCCAAUUACAGGCAGUUAAAAGUUGUGUAGCGAAAAGGAGGAUAAUAGAUCUAAUCUAUUUGCGGCGACAGUUUCUUUCGUACCACACACUAUCAAUACCUAUAUCGAUACCACAAACACAUUGUUGAAUAUUGUUAAGUUUCGAAGUGAAGUUCUUUUUUUUUGGGUUCAAAACUGGUAGCAUGUAUAAAGAGUUACGUUCAGCAAACACACGCAACAGCUGUAUGAAGCAUUAUACGUACAUAUAUGUUUUAAAAUAAAUUAUUUUUUGCUCACAAUGUAAACAAAA